AUGAAUAAUAUGCCAAAGGAGUUGUUUUGGAACUCACACGAGAUCGGACAGAUAGAAGGCUUCUGGUAUUUCAUGGCGGUAAUGGAUGGCACCGCCGCAUUCAGGUCCGGAUUCGAGCUGAGAAACGACGACAUUCUCUUGACAUCCUUCACCAAAACCGGAACCACCUGGCUCAAGGCUGUCUGCUACAACAUCCUCGACAAUGAAGUAGGAGAAGACAUUUUGGCAGAAAAGAACCCACACGAAGUGGUUCCCACUCUCGGGAAGCGCAUCGCUCCUUCACUCCCUGGUAAGCGCAUCACUCCUUUCUCCUCGGCUUCCUGGGAAGCGAUUCGCUCCUCGACUUCCUGGGAAGCACAUCGCUCCUCGGCUUCCUGGGAAGCGCAUUGCUCCUUCACUUCCCGGGAAGCGCAUUGCUCCCUCCGCUUCCUGAGAAGCGCAUCACUCCUCAGCUUCCUAGGAAGCGCAUUGCUCCUUCGCUCCCUCGGCUUUCCGAGAAGCGCAUCGCUCCGUCGCCUCCUGGGAAGCGCGUCGCUCCUCGGCUUCCUGAGAAGCUCAUCGCUCAUCGGCUUCCUGGAAAGCGCAUCGCUCCCUCGGCUUCCUGGGAAGCGCGUCGCUCCUCGGCUUCCUGGGAAGCGCGUCGCUCUUCAGCUUCAAUUUGGUGUUGUCUUUGUGUCUUCUGGUUCCGACGAUUUCAUAUUUCUUAUCAAAAAGAGGAAGAAAAUGUGGUCUUUCUUUUUUAUGAUUCAGAAAGAAGAAGGUAGAUGA